UUGACAGUUAAUUGCGGUUACUGAAGUAGCUUGCUAGCAGGUUGUAACUGGGAGCUAAGUUUAAAAUGUCUGACUGGGAAGAUGAGUACAAUGAGGGCGGUGUUGCUAUCCAGAAGAAGCCUAUUACUAACUCGGCACCGACUGAAUGGAAAUUACCAUGUGACGACCGUCGACAGGAAAGUGUAUUUUUCGGUGUAAGAAAUGGAACCAGGUUUGGAGCCUCAAGUGAGCGGAGAGCUGAUCGCAGGACCGGGGAAUCCGAGUACAAGAAUUCGAGAGGUGGAGGUGAAGGCCGCUCGUUUUCCCGGAGUACAGAUCACGGAGGCGCGGGAAGAUGGACCUUUGGCAAUGAAAAGUCGGAAGCCUCACCACCUGUGACUAUCAACGUGGAAAAUGGCUCGGUUGGGAGGAUAAUAGGUCGAGGUGGAGCCAAAAUUCGUGAACUUGAAGAGAGCACCGGUGCAAGAAUCAAGAUAAACAAGGGGGACUAUGAAGGUGAGGUGGUCAUCUUUGGGUCCCCUGUUGCCCAGCAGAAGGCCAAGGAGAUGAUUGAAGACCUGGUGGCAGAUGGCAACUCUCGAUUCCGCAAUGGUCCUGGUAGGGGAGGAGACUAUGGAGGGGGAGGUGAUGGAGGAGUAAGGGGUGGCUCUGUCUGGUCUGCUGCAGAAUUACAGGCUGCAGAUGCUGCCCCGGCCCGUGUAUCCAUAGAUUGGAACACCAUCCGGGAGAACAGGGAAAAGUAUGAAGAGCUCAAGUGGAAGGACCUCCCACCCAUGAAGAAGAAAUUCUACACUGAGGCAGAGAGCGUAUCCCAGCUCACAGCAGAAGAAGUCAGUGAAUGGAGAAAGGAGAAUAACAAUAUCUUUGUGGACGACCUAAAGGAGGAAGGGGAGAAGCGGACCAUUCCCAAUCCCUGCCGCACCUUUUUGGAGGCCUUUGAGCUUUAUCCAGAGAUCAUGGAGAAUAUUGACCGGGUUGGCUUUGUCAAGCCAACCCCCAUCCAGUCUCAGGCAUGGCCUGUGCUGCUGAGUGGGGAGGACCUGAUAGCCAUCGCUCAAACAGGAACAGGAAAAACUCUGGCCUACCUCCUGCCUGGGUUCAUCCACAUGGAUGGACAGCCUGUACCUAGAGCUGAGCGGGGUGGCCCAGGCAUGUUGGUGCUGACUCCCACCAGAGAGCUGGCCCUGCAAAUUGAAACUGAGUGCAACAAGUACCGCUAUAAGGGAUACAAAAGUAUCUGUAUCUAUGGUGGAGGGGAUAGAAGAAGCCAGAUCAAUCUGGUGAAGGGCGGGGUGGACAUAGUGAUCGCCACGCCAGGCCGACUAAAUGAUCUACAGAUGAAUGAGCUAAUCAAUCUUCACUCCAUCACUUACUUGGUGUUGGAUGAGGCAGACCGAAUGCUAGACAUGGGCUUUGAACCCCAGAUAAUGAAGAUUCUCCUGGACAUCCGCCCAGACCGACAGACUGUCAUGACCAGUGCCACCUGGCCCACUGGUGUGAGACGAUUGGCUAAAUCUUACCUAAAGAAUCCCAUGAUGGUUUACGUGGGCACCCUGGACUUGGCAGCAGUUAACACGGUGCAGCAGACAGUGUUGAUCGUACAUGAAGAGGAAAAAAAGUCCUACGUGUUUGACUUCAUCAGAAACAUGCACCCCCAGGAUAAAGUCCUCAUCUUUGUUGGCAAGAAGCUCAUGGCUGAUGACCUGUCCAGUGACAUGUGUCUGCAGGGUCUGGCUGUACAGAGUCUCCAUGGAGACCGUGAGCAGUGUGACCGUGAAGAAGCUCUCAAGGAUUUUAAAGACAGUCGAGUUCGUAUCCUGGUCGCUACAGACUUGGCAUCUCGAGGGUUGGAUGUCCAUGACAUUACACACGUCUUCAACUUUGACUUCCCACGAAACAUAGAGGAGUAUGUCCAUCGUGUGGGCCGCACUGGCAGAGCAGGACGUUCAGGUGCUGCUGUUACCCUGGUUACGAGAGAAAACUGGAGGAUGGCCCCUGAGCUGAUUCCCAUCCUGGAGCGAGCAGGACAAGAGGUCCCUGAAGAGCUGGUGCUUAUGGCAGAAAGAUAUGAGAAGCACAAGAGGGAGAAGGAGAUGUGCAAUCCAAGGGGAGGACAGGGGAGGGGUGGAGGUGGAGGUGGAGGUGGAGGUGGAUGGGGGAGAAGAGAUGGUGGAGGGAGAGGAGGCAGGGAUCGAAGCCAGAAUUGGGGAUUCUAAUCCCUAAUUUUCCAUGAUGGAGCAGGAGCUGAAACCCUCUGUCAUCAUUUCUUUUUGUAUUUAUAUUUUUGAUUAACAAUGUAAUUUGCUGGUUGGUUUGUUUUGUAAUGCCAUCCAUUAUAAUUUAGAGGCUGUUACACCUCAUUAUGUUGUCCUGUUAUAAAGAUGUUUAAAAUGUACAAUUUAUGACAGUUAUGUAAUCUUUUGAUUUUGGGCAGGAAGAAACUGUAUAAUAAACUUUACUUUUAAAGAGA